CGCACGAAACGGUCGCACAGUUGUUGCUUCGCUUCUUGGGAGUCGCGUUUAUUUUUGUUUUUCUCCUUGGUUCCUCAGUUUCCUUACUUCUUGUUCACUGCCUGCCGCAAAAGAUCUUAAAGUCAAGAAUUUUUAACACAAGAACCUUCCACAAUGCACUGAAGAGACUGCACAUAAGGAGUGGGCGUCAAGCCCAAUUUAUAUUCACCAAAGGCAACAGUUAUUAAUUGUUUUUUUUAUUGGCGGAUGCAAUAUUUUUACUUUGUACGCACGCCAAGCAUUAUGCAUAUAAAGUAUUUGCAACUCGCUGUUCUGUGGCUGUGGGUGGUUUCCGAAGCAUCUGCCAGUUUGGCCAAAUUUAGCAGCACAACGCCAGCGAGUGCUCAGCAAUCAGACGUGGAGCUGGAGGCCAUCAAUGGAACACUUAACUACCGCCUCUACGCCAAGAAGGGCAAGGACGACAAGCCUUGGUUUGAUGGCCUGGACAGUAGGCACAUCCAGUGCGUUCGGCGAGCUCGUUGCUACGCUACCACGAACGCCACCAACUCGUGCUUCGGCUCCAAACUGCCCUACGAAAUGAGCAGCCUCGAUCUCACCGACUUCCACACCGACAAGGAGCUGAACGAGAAGCUGAACGACUAUUACGCCCUCAAGCAUGUGCCUAAGUGCUGGGCGGCCAUACAGCCUUUUCUGUGUGCCGUCUUUAAGCCAAAGUGCGAGAAAAUCAAUGGGCAGGACAUGGUCUACCUGCCCUCCUACGAAAUGUGCCGGAUUACUUUGGAACCGUGUCGAGUUUUAUACAAUACGACGUUUUUCCCGAAAUUUCUGCGCUGCAACGAAACGCUCUUUCCCGCGAAAUGCACAAACGCUGCGCGAGGCAUGAAAUUCAAUGUAACUGGCCAGUGCCUGAGUCCUUUGGUGCCGACAGAGACAUCCGCCAGCUAUUAUCCUGGCAUCGAGGGCUGCGGCGUGAGGUGCAAGGAUCCCCUGUACACCGACGAUGAGCACCGUCAGAUCCACAAGUUGAUCGGCUGGGCUGGUAGCUUGUGCCUCCUUUCGAAUCUCUUUGUCGUGUCCACUUUUUUCAUCGACUGGAAGAAUGCCAACAAGUACCCGGCUGUGAUUGUAUUCUACAUAAAUCUGUGCUUCCUAAUUGCCUGCGUCGGCUGGCUGCUGCAGUUCACUUCCGGCUCUCGGGAGGACAUAGUAUGCCGCAAGGAUGGCACUCUCCGUCACUCUGAGCCCACGGCUGGCGAGAACCUCUCCUGCAUUGUGAUAUUCGUCCUGGUUUACUACUUCCUCACCGCCGGAAUGGUAUGGUUUGUGUUCCUAACCUACGCCUGGCAUUGGAGAGCCAUGGGGCACGUUCAGGAUCGCAUCGACAAAAAGGGUUCCUACUUCCACCUGGUGGCCUGGUCACUGCCUUUGGUGCUCACCAUUACCACUAUGGCUUUCAGCGAGGUAGAUGGAAAUAGCAUUGUGGGCAUCUGCUUCGUCGGUUACAUCAACCAUCCGAUGCGGGCAGGAUUGCUUCUUGGGCCGCUCUGUGGCGUGAUUCUCAUUGGCGGCUACUUCAUAACUCGAGGCAUGGUGAUGCUCUUCGGACUGAAGCACUUUGCUAACGACAUUAAGUCAACUUCUGCGAGCAACAAAAUCCAUUUGAUCAUCAUGCGCAUGGGAAUCUGUGCGCUGCUCGCUCUGGUUUUUAUUCUGGUGGCCAUUGCUUGUCACGUUGCGGAGUUUAGGCAUGCAGAGGAGUGGGCCCAGAGCUUCAGGCAGUUUAUCAUUUGCAAAAUCUCUUCUGUAUUCGAAGAGAAGAGCUCCUGUCGCAUAGAAAACCGUCCCAGUGUGGGCGUCCUCCAACUGCAUUUACUGUGCCUCUUUAGCUCCGGAAUCCUCAUGUCCACCUGGUGCUGGACGCCUUCUUCCGUAGAGACUUGGAAGCGGUACAUAAGAAAAAAGUGCGGCAAGGAAGUCAUCGAAGAAGUCAAAAUGCCCAAGCAUAAGGUCAUUGCGCAAACGUGGGCCAAGCGAAAGGACUUCGAGGACAAGGGCAGGCUGUCCAUUACGCUCUGCAACACGCACACUGAUCCCGUCGGUCUUAACUUCGAUGUGAAUGAUCUGAACUCCUCGGAGACGAACGAUAUAUCCUCCACCUGGGCUGCAUACCUGCCGCAGUGCGUAAAACGUCGAAUGGCUCUGACGGGCGCGGCGACCGGUAACUCGUCGAGCCACGGGCCGCGAAAGAACUCCCUGGACUCCGAGAUCAGCGUAAGUGUUCGCCACGUUUCCGUCGAAUCCCGCAGAAAUUCGGUGGAUUCGCAGGUAUCUGUCAAAAUAGCUGAAAUGAAGACCAAAGUGGCGUCCCGAUCGAGAGGAAAGCACGGAGGCUCCUCAAGCAACAAGAGAACACAGAGGAGGAGGGAGUACAUAGCAGCUGCCACGGGAAGGAGCAGCAGGCGAAGAGAGAGCAGCACAUCGGUGGAGUCCCAGGUCAUCGCACUGAAGAAAACCACUUAUCCCAAUGCUAGUCACAAAGUGGGCGUGUUUACGCAACACAGCUCCAAGAAGCAACACAAUUACACCAGCUCAAUGAAGCGGAGGACAGCGAACGCCGGACUAGAUCCGACAAUCCUGAGUGAAUUUCUGCAAAAGAACGGGCAGUUUGUAUUCCCAUUUCUACAAAACCAGGACAUGAGCUCCAGUUCGGAGGAGGAAAACUCGCAAGCGUCUCUGAAGAUUCAGGACCUCAACGUGGUUGUGAAGCGGGAGGAGCUCAGUGAGGAUGAUCACGAAGGAAUUAAGAUCGAGGAACUGCCAAAUAGCAAACAGGUGGCUCUAGAGAACUUCCUCAAGACGAUGAAAAAAUCGAAUGAAUCCAACGGCAAUCGAAAUUCACGCAACUCCACACGAAGCCGGCAGUCAAGAAAGUCCCGAAAGAGCCACCCCAAGACCACUGGCCUCGAGCUGGACUUCAAAAGGAACUAUGUGCGGAGUCGCUCGAAUGAUUCUCUUAGUUGCACCUCCGAGGAACUGGACGUGGCUUUGGAUGUGGGUAGCCUACUAAACAGCUCCUUUUCCGGUUUAUCCAUGGGCAAGCCGUCGAGUAGGAACAGCAAAACCAGCUGCGAUGUGGGUAUCCAGGCUAAUCCCUUUGAGCUGGUUCCCAGUUACGGGGACGAGGAACUGCAGCAGGCCAUGCGACUGUUGAAUGCGGCCAGUAGGCAGAGAAACGAGGCGGCCAACGAAGAUGGCGGGGGCACGGAGCUGCAGGCUUUGUUGGGACACCAAAAUCGGCAUCACAGGGAGCCGUCGUUUAUGAGCGAGUCCGACAAACUCAAAAUGUUGUUGCUUCCCUCGAAAUAGCAAGACUAAGCGAUCAAAUACUGCAUUUACUUAAGUUUUUGAAACUCUUUUCGAAGGUCCGUCAAGCCUGUUUCGGUUCUUUCGUAAUUCAUCGAGUUCUUUGCUCGAGAAGAAAAACCAAAUUAAGUUGUAAACUUUUCUAAAUCAACUUUUUAAUUUGCAAAAUCAAUCUGACUUUUCUGAGCCUUGUUCCAACUUUUCUUAUUCCAUUGAAAAGUAUUUUUAAGAAUUUCGACUUAUCCUUGCUGAAAAAGGUUGACACUGAAACUGGAUAUCAUCGGAUAAUUUGUUUAUUAUUUUACAAGUAUUGAAACAGAACUGAUGUUUGUACAAAAACUUAUAGACAGGUUAAAACAAAACUUGAGAAGCACAAAAAAUUGGAAAAUACUCUGCGAAAUAGAACCAGAAACAGGUUAAAUGUAUGUUUUUAUUCAGUUUACAUUGCGAUGGCCUUUAGUUUUUCUUAGUUGUUUUAUUGAGCAGAAUAAGCGAAACUAAAAUUACGAAUACUCAUAGACAUUAAGCUGCGAAUGUUAUUUUACAAACUCAUCUUCCCAUCUAGCUCGUAAGCAUACAAAUAUCUUUAUAUUGUACGUUUGUGAAUGACUGUUUCCUUAAUCCUGGUACUACCGGCGAUUCAAAUUUAUAUUCUUGAUCCAUUUUUCAUUGCCGUUGAGUACUGGGCUUCAAACUAGGUUCUAGAUUUUACAUUAAAGUACGAUAAAAAUAAGCCUCCUUGGGCAAACCGAUCGUACCUCGAAAAGUGCCUACAAGUUUACAACAUAUCUCAUAAAUUUGUGUAACUAAUAAACCGAUUUUAAAUCCUCGAA